GUAUCACAAGGSAUGGUUGGACAAGUGACAGCCAGGCGUGCUGCUGGCAUCAUCCUGGAAAUGAUCAAGGAUGGUAAAAUUGCAGGUAGAGCGGUGCUUAUUGCAGGUCAGCCUGGUACUGGCAAAACAGCUAUUGCUAUGGGCAUGGCUCAGUCGUUGGGCGCAGAUACUCCAUUCACAUCUAUUGCCGGCAGCGAAAUCUUCUCUUUGGAGAUGAGUAAGACAGAGGCUCURACGCAAGCAUUCAGACGAUCUAUUGGAGUCAGAAUAAAGGAGGAGACAGAGAUCAUUGAAGGAGAAGUAGUCGAGAUCCAAAUUGACAGACCUGCUUCUGGAACGGGAGCCAAAGUUGGUAAACUGACACUCAAGACAACAGAGAUGGAAACCAUUUACGAUUUGGGUACAAAGAUGAUUGAAUCUUUGACUAAAGAAAAAGUACAAGCAGGUGAUAUUAUUACCAUUGACAAAGCAACUGGUAAAGUGUGUAAACUUGGUCGAUCCUUUACUAGAGCCAGGGACUAUGAUGCAAUGGGGGCUGAGACCAAGUUUGUGCAGUGUCCAGAGGGUGAGCUACAGAAGAGAAAAGAAGUGGUACAUACCGUUACCCUUCACGAAAUAGAUGUUAUUAACAGCAGGACACAAGGGUUCCUGGCCCUCUUUGCAGGUGACACUGGUGAAAUCAAAGGUGAAGUCCGAGAACAGAUCAAUGCCAAGGUGGCAGAGUGGCGAGAAGAAGGCAAAGCCGACAUUGUACCUGGGGUUUUGUUCGUAGACGAGGUCCAUAUGUUGGACAUUGAGUGCUUCUCGUUUCUUAACCGAGCUCUUGAAAGUGACAUGGCGCCUGUCUUGAUAAUGGCAACAAACAGAGGAAUCACAAAAAUUCGUGGUACAAACUACAAGAGCCCCCAUGGUAUUCCACUUGAUCUGCUUGACCGUCUUCUUAUCAUCUCUACAUCUCCUUAUGAAGAAAAAGAACUACGGCAAAUCCUUUCUAUCAGGGUACUGAGGUGCAAAUGGACGACAUCAAGCGAGCCUAUUCUCUGUUCUUUGACGAAUCGCGUUCAACUCAAUUCUUGAAAGAAUACCAACAGCAGUUCAUGUUUCACGAAGAAUUCGAGCCCGUGGAACAAGAACCUGAAACUAUGGACACGGAAAUCAUUUCAUAGUUAAUGAAACUGAUCCUUGUCUGUGCGUGUGUAAAGCUGUUUCCAUCUUAUAUCAUGUUACACAGUCGUUGAAACGUCAAAUUGCCUUCUAUUUGUAUUCCUAUUCUUGCUAUAUUUAAUAAAUCCGYGCUUAUCGAGGAUGCAUAUACUGGCGCUACAUGUAUCAUCAUGACUUUUAAUUAGCCCCUACUUCGCAAUUGUAGUGCGUCACAUCGGCAACGUAGCACGCUACAGCGUAGCUACAUGCAUCCUGCAGUCGUUGCCAAAGUUCAAGUAUAUCUACGUACAACAUAACUAUAAGCUUGUGCGUCAAAUACCAUACGUAAUGCAUUGCAAGAUAUGUUUGGGACAGAUAAGAACAUGGCUCAAAAAACUAAUCCCACAAUGCACUGUAAAUCAGGUAGUGACGUAGGGUUAAUCUUUUACCAGAAAGCAAUAACSAUGAGUGAAAAAUGGUCCCAUGUUGAUUCACCUUCAUUAUGUUCUGGUUCAUUGAUACUGACAAAUUGUCUCUAAAUAGCCGCAAUUUGUUAGUAUUCAGUUUGAUUUUAUUUUUAUGGUUUUCCUGCGUUUGCUCUAUCGUUACUGACAGUACSUAUMUAUUGUUUGCGCCAUUGUGUUAUUUUCCAGUAYUGRUUGUCUUUGAAAUUUUUCGUUAAAAAUAAUAAUUUAGCGUACAGRUGUUAACACUGCAUACUGAAGAUAUUGCAUUCCAGUACCUGAAAGCAUUGUUUGUAAUAUCAACCACGAUUUCACUGUUGAAUCACUUUGGAUCAAGGAUAUAUCAAUUMACUGUUUCCYAGUGACUAUGRCAGCUCUUUACCUUCAGUGGGAAGCAAGCUUGUUUAGAAAUGUGARUUUGUAUCGCCAGUUACGUUGCAUAURMGCRGUGGAGUCCUGUGUGCAGCCUCACAGCAUUCGGUUUACAGCGUCUUUUGUAAUAGUUGUAUGUUUUUGAGCUGMCAGCGUCAGCAUACGCGGUGAAUCUUGUAACAUCUAUUUCUUAAGUUGCUUUGUACUGAUAUAGUUUUGGAAAUGUUUUGAAUGUAUGUGUAUUCCCGUUAUCUGCGCUGGAUUAUUGUAUGAAUUCUAAUAAUAAAAAGUUUAAUCUGAA